CAGUGCUAGCAGUUGGAAAUUGAAUAUUGACAGAGUAGAUGGCCUGCUGGCGACGCAGCAAUGUGAAAUUUUGAUCAACAAACAUCUGCCGAACAUACAGUUAGGCCCACAAUCCGGUUACAGUUUAGCGACUGAAGGUUUUUGGAUUUCUAAUCUUCAAUGGCGUCGACUUUAGACCAGGCAGCUGGUUGGGGAUUGGUAUCCAUAGCAGGAUUUGUGUUCACGUAUUACUCCAUCUGGGUUAUAGUCUUGCCAUUUGUAGACCCAGAUCAGCCUAUUCACCAGUACUUCCUUGAUCGAUUUUAUGCUGUUGCUGGACCCUUGGUGGCUGGAGUUAUUCUUCUCAUGAUUAUAGGAGCAUUGAUUGUCCAUGACACGAUGAAGUCCAGGAAAAAAGUGAAGACAAGCUGAUUCCAGAAUUUUUGUGAUCUACAAGCCAUUUUCCAACAUGUGCCUCUGUGUUACACUUGUGAUUUUCACUCAUUCGUUCAUCUUACAUCAUCUGUCAUUGUGUGUAAUAAAAACUCCAUUCCUGUGAAAA